GGAACUGUCAGAGAUCGUGACCGUGUCAUGACACCGGGCGCAGUUCUGUUAGGCCCUGCAGGUGCUACCGAUGGGGUCCUGGUAUGUGCAGCCCGAGGAAUCACCGGAGCAGACUUCUUCGUUGGCGCUAGAGCGUUCUGCGUCGGCGUCGCGGUAGGUUUCCGGAAAGUACCAGUCGUGGAUACAACACGUUUCGUUGUAGGAGGGGUUGGUAGUUUGUUUGUAGAGGAACCUGGGCUGGACUUCGUGACCAUGCUAGUACCAGUACUAGUUGUCCUCGAAGGAACACGCGAUGACGGUGCAGAUCCAGGACGUGUCGACGACGCCACCGAUGGGGGGCGUGUAGACGUAGAUGAAGCGGGACGGGUUGAGAGUUUUGAUAUUGGUCUCGAAGCAGGGACACGAGAACCAGCGGCUCGGGUAGUUGGUGGGUUGGGAAUCGCAGUAGUUGUGGUGGAACGAAUGAGAGGCUUCGCUAUAGAUUUGGAUACAGUUGGUUUGAUUGUGACAGACUCAAAUGGGUUCCCUUCAGCUUCUACAUAGGGAAAUACGUCAAUUGAAGGAAUCUUAUAUCUAUUGUAGGUGUUGCAUACCUAACGGAGGAAGAGGUGAUUGGUCC